AUGCCCAACAGCAGCUCAGUGAGUGUCUUCCUCCUGCUGGCAUUCUCAGACACACGGGAGCUGCAGCUCCUGCACUUCGCGCUCUUCCUGGGCAUCUACCUGGCUGCCCUCCUAGGCAACGGCCUCAUCCUCACCGCCAUAGCCUGUGACCACCACCUCCACACCCCCAUGUACUUCUUCCUCCUCAACCUCGCCCUCCUCGACCUGGGAUCCAUCUCCACCACUCUCCCCAAAGCCGUGGCCAAUGCCCUCUGGGACAUCAGGGCCAUCUCCUAUCAAGGGUGUGCUGCCCAGGUCUUUUUAUUUGUCUUCUUGAUUACAGCAGAAUUUUAUGUUCUCACCAUCAUGGCCUAUGACCGCUACAUUGCCAUCUGCAAGCCCCUGCACUAUGGAAGCCUCCUGGGCAGCAGAGCUUGUGCCCAGAUGGCAGCGGCUGCCUGGGGCAGUGGCUUUCUCAAUGCUGUCCUGCACACGGCCAGUACAUUUUCCCUGCCCCUCUGUAAAGGCAAUGUUGUGGACCAGUUCUUCUGUGAAAUCCCCCAGAUCCUCAAGCUCUCCUGCUCAGAUGCCUACCUCAGGGAAAUUGGGUUUAUUGCAUUUAGCUUUUGUUUAGGUGCUGGCUGUUUUUUUUUCAUUAUGUUGUCCUAUGUGCAGAUCUUCAGGGCAGUGCUGAGGAUGCCCUCUGAGCAGGGCAAGCACAAAGCCUUUUCCAUGUGCCUUCCUCACUUGGCUGUGGUCUCCCUGUUUGUCAGCACUAUUGUGUUUGCCUGUGUGAAGCCCCCCUCCAUCUCCUCUCUAUACCUGGACUUUGUGUUGGCAAUUGUGUACUCAGUGGUGCCUCCAGCAGGUUACAUCGUGAACGAGUUCAUCCUCAAAAGAAGGCUCUACCCCAUGAGCACCCAGUGUCCAGCUGGUUCAGAGAUAUUACAGAGAAGUUCUCAGAAAUGCUGCCAGGCAUUGAAGAGUGACAGAUUUAUUGAGACUGGAGAGCACCUUCACAGCCCAUCUAGUCAACCCCCAAUAGCCAAGCAUGGACACUUAAACCAUGCAGCCCAGGCCCACUUCUAG